GGUUCACGACGAUUUCUUGGUGAAGUGUUCCACCGACGAGGCUCAGCAUGAGAUCGAGUGGCGCACGGCCACGGGGAAAAGACAAUCAUGAUAGCAUGACGUGUUGUUACCAUGUCAACUAGUAGAACAUGGAGGGAACUUAUUUUACUCAUGUUCUCUCCCGACUUGGCCUCGCGCUGGACCAAGUCACGAACCCGAUGAGAUUUGGGCGUUUUGGGAGCAAAAAGGGAAGUGAAGUACGAUGCGUUCUGAAUUGGGCCACUGCUACGGGGGCCCGGUUGAUUGGGCCAGCAUUGACGCCGCGGAAGAACGGAAUGCCAGUUAGCGUACUGCUUAGGAGAAAAGAAUGGUUCUAGCCUUUCGCUACCCGUGGGAGUGGACAGAGAUCAAUUAAGCUUGUCGAUGAGGUCGAUGCGGGGCAGAUCGAGGCUCGUCCCAAAAAAUUGCGCC